AUGCUGCAAAGCACCAGGGAACAGCCUGAGGAAAACCCUCAGCCAGCCCCAAGGCAAAUCUUCCACGAGAGGCAGAGGAUCACUGGUCUGCCUCUGUACUUGCAGGGUUACCUAUCUGCCCGGCACUCAGGAUGCCAGGAAUUUAGAGUGUAUUGGACAGAACUCAGAGGAACCAUGCUCUUCUUUUAUGAUGACAAGAAAGCCCCAAAGUACUCACAGAAACUGGAUAUAUCAUCUCUGACCUCAGUGACCAGCCUUCACCCAGAUGGAAACAGCUUUGCACAGUUCACCCUGAUGCUGCCAAAUGGGGAAGUAGAACUGAAGGCCAAUGACUGUGAGUGUGGGAAAGAAUGGAAGGACUUUAUCCUCACUGUCACAAAGCUGUCAGUUCCAUCGGAUGAGUCAUUGCUACCUGGGCAGCUUACUAGAAUGCACGAAGUGCUGGAAAAGGAGAAGAAAAGAAGGAUUACCCUUAACAACUCUUGUAGCACAUCCCUGAAGAGAAGUAGUCCACAGACUACCAUGCCAGCAUGCUUCUAUGCAGUGUCUCGGCAAGAGGCAGCAGAGCUGCUGGCGAAGAACACUUCCUGUGGGAGCCUAAUCCUGCGGCCCAGCAGCGACAGCAAGAGCUACGCCAUCACUGUGCGAUAUGACCUGGGUGCCCCGUGCUUAAAGCACUAUAGAGUGCUGAACGAAGGAACGAGUUACAGCAUUGAGCUGGAAAAAUGGGUGACACUGCCAAGCCUUCAAGAUGUUGUCAAUUACUUUGUGACCCAAACCCAAGGGAACCUGAAGCCAUUUGUGAUGCAGACAGGCACUACAGAGGAUCCAGCAGUCUGAGGGCAAACUGGAGGACGAAGGCCACAGGAACUGCUAGAAGAAGCACAAGCAGCACC